AACAACCAAAGUUUCGUAAUUUUUUGAUCAUACAAAACUUUAAAUUAUUUUAAAAAAAUACAAAAUAAUGUGUAAAUUUAUGUUUCUGCAUUGAAAAAUAAUAUUUGCAACACAAAACUAAAUAUAAUCAUUUUCCAUCCGAGAUCAAAGCAUUGGGUUUCGUUUGUAUAUUUUGGAUGAAGACUACUAAAUAAUCUAAAGCAUAGCCAAAAAUCGACGUGGGCCGGAGGCCGAGUCGCGCUUUUGUGAAUUGGUGCAAUAUGGUGCGUAGUCCGUGGAGUAGCGCUCACGGUUGCGCUCAUGAAGUAAUUCUGGGAAAUGAGCGAAGAAUAAAAUAAAAAAUGUACUGCAAACGAUAUCAUGAGGUUUUCCUUCUGCAGUUGUUAUAACAUGUCGUCUUGGAACAUGAAGAACACAGCUUUAUCCUUUAAAAUUCUUGCGAAAUGCAAUAAAAGCAAAGCUCGUACAAGUUUAAUGGUUUUACCUCACUAUAACGUGGAUACACCGGUUUUCAUGCCGGUUGGAACGCAGGGAACUUUGAAAGGUUUGUUGCCAGACCAGCUUGAAGCACUGGAAUGCCAAAUACUGCUAGGAAACACAUAUCACCUGGGCACCAGACCUGGGCAGGAGCUGAUGCGGAAGGCAGGGGGCCUGCACAACUUCAUGAACUGGAAGAGGGCGCUGCUGACGGACUCGGGAGGCUUCCAGAUGGUGUCGCUGCUGACUCUGGCCGAGGUCACAGAGCAAGGAGUCAAGUUUCAGUCGCCCUACCAGAACGGCGCGGAGGUGAUGCUGACCCCGGAGCACUCCGUGGAGAUCCAGAACAGCAUCGGGGCGGACAUCAUCAUGCAGCUGGACGACGUGGUGAAGACCACCACCGUCGGGCCGCGGAUGGAGGAGGCCAUGUGCAGAACCACGAGGUGGUUGGACCGGUGCAUUGAAGCUCACGCCAGACCGGACUCGCAGAGCAUUUUCCCGAUAGUCCAGGGGGGACUCGACCCGGAGCUGCGCGCGUUGUGCGCUCAGCAGCUGAUGCAGAGGAACGUGAAUGGUUUCGCCAUCGGAGGACUGAGUGGUGGAGAAAGCAAGAAUGAAUUCUGGAAGAUGGUGCACCUCUCCACGGACAUUCUCCCCGAAGAUAAGCCCCGCUACCUGAUGGGGGUGGGGUUUGCGGAGGAUCUGGUGGUUUGUUGCGCUCUCGGCGUGGACAUGUUCGACUGCGUCUUUCCAACCAGGACUGCUAGGUUCGGCUGUGCCCUGGUCAUUGGCGGGCAGCUCAACAUGAAACAGAAGACCUACGCCACGGACUUCCGGCCCCUGGACGGGGAGUGUGGCUGCUCGACCUGCCAGCGCUACACGCGGGCGUACAUCCAUUCCAUCGUCACCGUGGAGACCGUGGCUUGCCACCUCCUGUCCGUCCACAACGUGGCCUUCCAGUUACGCCUGAUGAGGUCCAUCCGAGAGAGUAUAAAGGAGCAGAAGUUUCCAGAAUUCGUAAGAACCUUCAUGGAGUCUGCGUACCCAAAGAAGAACUAUCCACAGUGGAUCGUAGAUGCACUGGCAGCAGUAAACAUACAGCUUAGCUGACGAUUGUCUUGUGGUUUCCGACAUAGCGUUCCUGAAAAUACCACAGGUCUCAGUUACCUCGCCACGUGACCAUGUACCUCCAAAAGCUGCCUGUCAGUUCAAAGGCCACCUUUGUCUAUACACUAGUUACCUAUUACCAGAAAAUACCAUCAAAGCUUACAGCUUACAUAUUUUAAUUUUAAGUAACCUAAAAUACUUACAACUUCAUCACUUUUUAUUGCCGUAAAUUCAGUGAAAUAUUUUAUGUGUUAUUUAUUCACUUCAAGUGACUAAGGAAGUUUUAAAAAUGUGGACAAGUGCAAAAUGUCAGAAUUUUCAGGAGUGUAGGACUAUCAAUUGGAGGGCAUUAGGUUUUUCUUUAUGUGGUUCUUGGUGUCAUGAUGUACAGUGACAGAUGAGUUCAGCUCUAGGCCUGUGCGAAUUUCGACUAAGCAAAUCAAUUAAACCUCUUUUUAAUAUUCAAUUUGACAUUGCCAGGAAAUUUUCUAUUCAUUUUAUUUGAAACUUUGUUCUGAUGCAAAGCUUCGCAUCUGAUGUGAAGCUUCAGGUUUGUUGCAAAGCUUUAAAAUAUCGGAAGCCUAAGAUUCAUUCACAAAAAUAUUUUUAAUUUUUAUUUGUGUUUUAUAUAGGUAUGUGUUGCUAGAACAAAGUUAUUUACUUAAAAAAAAAAAAUCAAAAGAAUGCACACCAUUUGCUUUUAUGAAUCGAAUUCUCAGUGUUAAUAUUGUGCAUUGUUAUUAUAUAAUUUUUAUUAAUUGAUGUUAUGUAUAGGCCCAAUAGAAUUAUCACAUACAUAAUAAUUUCAAACCGUACAAACAUUGAAUUGAUUUUUUUUUUGCUUCAAUCCUGUAGUUUAUAAAAUAAGUGUUGCACAGAUUCGCAGAGAACAAUAUUUGUGAUUUGAUUUGAUUUCACAAAUAUUUUAAACAUUCGAUUUGAUAUUUGCUUUGCAUAAAAAAAUCUAGUAUUCGCACAGGCCUACGUACAGUGUCAGGCGAGUUCAGCUCUGCCAUUUGGUUUGCGUUGCCAUUACCGGAGCCCGGGAGGGAAAUAGUGUUGUGCCUGGAGUGACUGGCAGCGUGUCCGCUGCAGCCGGUGCUGAAGAAAAUUAUUGAAAAUAAUUCAACAUUCACAUAUCACCAAACUCAAAUCACGGAUUUUUACAGAAAUUAUAAAAUGCAGCUACAUACAUUGUGUUGUACGUACUGUAUACGUUAAAAAAAAAAAGUAAACUAGUUCAUUUGAAAUACAGUGCUAACAGUUAGUUUUCAUGGAUCUGCAUCUCCAUAGCAUUUUUAUUAAUUAUGAACUUACACAAGUGGUGCUCUCCUGGUGUGUGUUUGGCGGUGAGUGACCUCCGAGGUUAAAUUGCAGUGUUGAGUCUGCCGUGGUGUUGCGGGCAGGGUUAGUCGAGGGCGGGUGCCUCUGGCUUUGUUCAGCACGGCCGCUGCUAUCCACUGCACAGCCUUCAGUCUGGGUCUCCCAAGCCAAGCCGGUACCGAGACACGAGGUCCGCAGCAAUUUGCUUUCAUUCCCCGGCGCGCCAGGAAGGUGUGACGCGUGGGAGGAACGAAGCAGGCCGGAGAAUAAGUCAGCCCUUGUGGUGGGACGUUUGUCUCCAAGUACCAAAAAUGUAGAUUUUUUCACGUAGUGAUAAGAUUUCACUGUAUUGUCUUGUUUCAUUUAAGGUUGUUUAGUCAAAUCAGAAGUGGGUUAAAGUACACCAAUCCCUCACUUAGCACAACUAAUGAGCUCUAAAAAUGUUAGUGUUGUUCCUGAUCGAAUAUUCUGAAGCAAUAGUCUCCAUAAAUAGCAAGGCUAUUCUACUUAAUGUGUUCUAAAAUGUGUAGGGAAAUACUAUUCUGUACAUAAUAUAAAUGUGUAGAAUACCUAACACUCAACAAUAAAUAUGUCACACCAUUGAUCUUUAUAAGCCUACCAUUGAAUACUUUGUAUGACAAAUAUGAUACCGCAUAAUGGGAGGUGUAUGGUUAUGUACUUUAUUGUCAUUCGGCUGGUGUGACCUUCAACUCAUGGCGCUUACCUUUCCACGGACUUUCCAAACCAUCCUUUACCGACAGUGAAACAGAUAUUACUGACCAAAUAUUUACAUUUUAAUUUUUCAAAAAUUAAAGUGUUUGUUCGUGUAUCACCACUUGGUUCACACCAAUCCUGUCAGGUCUGUGAUUAAUGAUAUGAUUCCAACGGCAGGUGCUUGCGCACGUACAGUUACCGGCAGACGAAUGGGCAGACGUUGCUUUGUGUUUGUGCAUGUGAGUUCCCUGCCACUGGCUAGGCUGAAGUUCAUCGCAGCCCGGUCUGUGGCCGGGCGACAACGAUAUGGCAUGGAUGCAUAUGUGCAGAUGUAAAAACAUUUGGUCCUUUACACUGAACUUGUCAGAGCUGAUGUUUAUACAACAGCCAAUAGCGUAGUCAGACCUGCGCGUGCAUCUCUUCCAUCUUUGUAUGGCUAACUGUAUGCCACGGCACAUCACAUAGUUGAAGCAGACUUCGUGGCGUCGUGCCUGACUUUUUUAUUUUGCCUUUGGCAAUUUUUUGCUAACUGAAAUUUACAGACAUGCCUAUUCAAGACUGGGGCUGUAAAAUUAACAUCGCACUAAAAGAAUUAAUGCAAUUUGAAGACGUGCUAAGUGAGGGAUUGGUGUAAUUAUAUGUAUUAUUUUCUGGACACUGCUCCACUUUUGCUUUGAUCAUUACGACUGUUGGAUAUUCGGGGGCUGUGAUGAUCAGGUAGCACAGGUCAAGCGUUGGAGCCCAGCACCUGGGCACGACUCAAAUUUUUGUGCAUCAUUGAGUUCGUAUUUAAGUUGGCCAUAUCACCUUGAGCAUUAGUGCUAAACCGUGUCGUAUAGAACUGUGUAUCUUACCACUACACAUGUUGAAAUAUAUGCCCAAUGUUAAACAUUGAAACAAUAGCAAGACAUGACCUAUUUGGCUCGUGUCUUUCAAAUCCAGGGAAAGGAAUCAUUUGGCGUAGUAGAAUAUUGUUGAAACUGUUUGUGAACAGUAUUUUGUUACUGCAGAUGCAGAACAUCAUAUGUUAAAAUUGUUUUGUAUUUUUCUGUGUAAGGUAUGAAAAUAUUUUUUUAGCAGUUUCAUUGUAUGUUGAAAUAGCAAGUCAUAAAAAAUUGGCAUACAAGGUUUUUGCAUUGGGCAGCGACUAUUUAUUAUUCGUCCUUGAUGAAAUGGCAGCCAUACAGUGGUAUUUUUUUGUGAACUUUAUCAAGAUCUCGAUACUCUCAAUGACUUUUUUACAUCCUGCUGCCAAAUGAAAGAAAAUAUGUUGGUCCCGCCUUACCUGAAAUUUUUUUCUUUCUCUUUAGGUGAUUGUUCUUGGCUUGGGACAAAUUCCUAGUGUGAUAGAUCAGUAUUAUAUUUUUUCAAUAAUUUAUGUUCUUAGUUUAAGGUGUCUGUGAUUUAUUAUAUUUGUAACCUAAAUGUGUAUGGAACUUGUAAUUUUUUUUAAUCAUGUUCUUAUGUAUUGUAACAAAACUUAAUUGUAAGCUGUGUCUGAACUGAAGUGUGAACUUGCAACCUUGCUGAUUUUAAUUGAUUUUUUUUUUUUUUGCGUACCAUGAAACUGAGCAUAAGCACAAAGUGACGACUUAUAUUGUAGCAGAAUCCAUAUGCAAAAUCCAUUUUCAGAGGCUAAUCUUAUGAAUGCUUUGAUCAAGUUUUUAUUUAAAUAAAAAUUUAUUUUGGUAGUAGGUAGGUAGAUAUCUCCUGACUAUAAUAACAUGUGUACAAUAAAAGGCCACACAAGAUGUUUAAUUGUGACCAAGAGAAGAAGCAUUAAUCAAGGAAUUACUCCUAGCAUGAAGUCGAGUAUCAGCAAAUUGUUGUUAGAAAAUGAGUUCAGCUAUUAAACCAAAAAUUAUAAUUUUUAAGCGACAAUUUUUCAAAACAAAAUUUAACCAAAGACUGGAAUAUUUUGUGACUUACAGUAAAAUUAAUUGAUAUUUUAUGGAGAUAAAAUUUAUAGCGUUAGAUAGACAUCUUUGUAAUAAAAUCACAUGCAACAAAGUAAAUAGAAACUACAUGCAAACCGAGCUAUGCUGCGUGUAUGUGGCAACACAUGACUCACACACUUAUCUGCAACCCUAGUAGUCUUGCAUGUGGGAAUUGAAGGAUAAGUGAGCUCAUCUAUACUAGCAAGGGAAAGAGAUGGGUGAGUGUAGAACAAAGAAUCCAACCCAUUGUGCUGUGAUAUUGCACGCAGACCUGUCUUCUUGGCCGGUAGCAGUACGAGUAGUGUUAAGUAAUUAAUGUAAACAACCAUGGCGAUGGUUUUUAAAUUGAUUAUUUAUUAAUUAAUUUUUCAAUUCAAUUUUUGAAGGGAAACUUCUUUGGGCGCAAUGGGAGUAAAAUUUCAAGGCUGAAUUUUAAUGCAAUGUCUUCGUGAAACAUUUCUGACGUGAAAAGGACAGAGAAUAGGUACUUGGCCAAAGAGAUAUAAAGAAAGUACUAUGCUAUAUACGUUGCUGGGCUCGUUUUUUUCAUUCUCUUUGUGCGAUGAUUCAUUUCUCGCCCAAAAAAAAAAACAGAGAGAUAGAUGAACAAAAGAAUAAGACAUAGUGUGCACAUGUUUCAGGAAAUAGAUACAGUAUAAGCAUCCUUUACAGUCAGUUGUGAAUGCCUUGAAUUUUAUUUUUGCUACCAGCGUGCACGUAUUCCUCCUUGUUCAACCAGCAGCGUAGAGAGCUUUGUUAAGAUAGUACCUGCAUUUACCGCAUAGGUAUAUAGCACUACCUGUUAUGUAUUUCAUAUUUCGUUCAGAGAUUUGGCUUGUUUCAAAUGGCAGAAUUGUUUGAAGAAAAUGUAACAAGCACAGUUUUACUUUAUGGUUUGAAUAUUUCAACAGUGAGAAAUAUUGAUUGUUAAUUCAUUUUUGAUUGAUAAACAAUUAUUGAUACCCUAAGCAGUUACAAAAUUGUCUUCUUUCUCUCUACCGUUUUAUCCCUUACGAUAAGUUAGAUGCACUUUUUUUAAAACAUACUAUGGCUAUGGGGUUUAAAUAAAGGGCAUCAGCAAUAAAAAAAACCCAUACAAUUAAUCAUUGUUACUUAGAAAAAAAUAUGUCCAAUUAAAUUUGAUGCUAUUUUUUCAAUUUGUAUGGGAUUUCAACCACCAGAAUUUUCUCCAAAAAAUGUGAACGUGAGCAACUCAACCAGGGCCAGAUUAUUGAAUGUGUUGAACCAAAGAAUGGUCGUGUGACGAGUGAUCACUGUAGUAUUGGCAAGGGUGCAAUAAGUACACACAUUCAUACUAGAAUACUAAUUUGCAAUUUGGACACAGCUUUGAGGAAUUAGUGUGCACCCUAAUAUUAUUGUACCUGAUUAAUUCUAUAAAUACACUUUAGUCUUUCUAGAGUAGGCACAUUUAGCAUUGUGUUAGUUCACUGUAAUUUGGACAAGCAUGGUAAGUGUAAAACUGAUAAUGUAUUAGUUUAACCAUUCCAAAUGUACUUGGUUCUAUAUUUACACCAAUUAGAAGUAAAGUUGUUCUUAUGGGCUCAUACUAUUGUUUAGUAUUGUCAUUUACAGUAGAACUUGUUUUAUUUGAACUUAUGUAUUUUUAAAUAGUUUAUGAUAAGAAUUUUAUUUGAAUAGAGCCAAGUAAAUUCGCCAGAUAAUCUUGUUAGGUACGAUACACACCCUUUUUCAUACGGGAGAUAAUGGAGGCUUUUUGCUGCUGUGAGACUUGACUCAUGACCCAUUAACAUGUCCAUAACAACAUCCCUUAGUUCACACAGGCCAGGUUUGAGCAUGCCAGUCUUGGGUUUCACUUUACUUUUCCUAGAUACAUGCUACAGUUAGUUUUCACAUCAGUCUGCAGUCAUCAUCAGGUCAUACUUAUCUUCCAUGAAUUAAUUACGAGUUCAGCUUUGAAAUUGAUACAGUCCAUCAUUUCAAAGGAAAGUAUCAAGAAAGUAUUAAAAAAUAACAGUCAAAUAGCAUGAAAAUUUAACGUAUAUUUAAAUCUUGAUCUUUCUGCUUGAAUAAUUCUUGCUUUCAAUGUCAUAAAAAUAUAUCCUUGUUUUUCCCCAGAACUUUUUCAGUUUUAUGAUCCGGGUUGAUGUCACAUGUGGCUUAUCGGUCUGAAUUAUAAUCCGAUUCAGGUUUUAAUUACUGUGAUUGAAUGACUUCACUAAUGAUGCCACCCUCGGUCAAAACAGCAGAAUACUAAGACAAUGCACCUCACAAUAACACAUUUAUUUUAAAUCCCUGCUGUAAAUCAUAACCUUACAAUGCAUUACUUUAACAUACAAAUUUCCCUAAUGAUGUGUCAGCUGCAUUGCCAAAAUUUAAACUAAGAGUGCAAUACGUGCACAUAGUAGCCAAUGUGUACACAGUACACAAAACAGUUUUCAAAACACACUAGUUCUAGAGAAAUUUUAAAUUUAAAGUGUUACAAUAGUGUAUUUAUUGUCAAUGUCGUAAUUAAGGUUUUUUUUUUUUCCCUCCACUAGAGAAGAGGUGAAUCCUGAUUUUGAAUCACAAGGAGUAUCUCAAAUCUAAUAAAAAAUUAUAUAUCUAGUGACAAAAUAAAAUGUACAAAUAAUUAAAAAAAAUUAAUUAUGAUUUCGUGUUUAAACAUUUAAAACAUUAAAUGUUUGUUUCAUGAAUCAGUAUUCAUAUUUUAUUGACAUAAUAAUGUAUUAAAAGUACACAGUCUUUGGGAAUGGUAAUAAUAGGUACCAAAGGAAGCACAAAUACUAGACCUAGUAUUUUCAGAGUUGUCAGUGUUCACUUUACACAUUCCCUGUAGUGUUUUUCUUAAAAACAUUUUUCCCCUCUUAUCUCAAAUCUUUCCAAUACUUUAGAUUCUAUGUUAUUAGAUACCUGUGGUGUGUGCAACUUAAAAGUCCUUAACCUUGUUUAAGAGAGUUGCUGUCAUUUAAAAAAAUGUGGAAAUGGGAUAAAAAAAUUUAUCUGAAAUGGAAUCUGACUUUACUUAACACAUAUCUACUUAAUUGAACAAAGAUGCAAUUUUUAACAUGAUUUUAAAUGGGAGAGUCAGGAAAAAGAUGGAGUACCAGACAGUCCAUAAUUGGACAAGUCUUCAGUAAGAAGGGAACACAGAAGUUCUUGGUGGGUCUCUUAUGCUAGCCAAGGUGGCAGUGUGAGUGACUUGCUUAUAUUCCAACCAUUGUUAGCAGGAUAUAUCUUUCAAUUCAGUGGUGAUGUUGAGCAAGGUGUUCAGACUGGAUUUUUAUUUGUUUGAAAUGACUACAGGAAUUAUAAAUAAUAAUUUAUUAUGUGGAUGCAACAUGACUAUUUUUCAAUUUUAAUGUAAACUAAUAGCUGAAAUGUAAGAGUAAGAACUACAAUGAUCUAGUUAUUUAUUUUUUUGUUACCACAAUGGUGGUCUGAAAGAUUGCUUUCAUCUACUUAAUAAAACUUUUGAUCAUUGACUGACAGACUACUCACAGCUUAAACCCAUGGGUUUAGAAGCAUAACAUUUUGUAUAGGUUAUAACUUUGAUCAGCAUUAAGAAAGAAUUUUUGAAAAUUCUUCCUUAAGGGGGUUAAAUUGGGGAUGAAAGUUUGUAUGGAAAUUGGUGUUUAAACUUCUGUUUAUAAAUACAGUAGAACCCCGAUUAUCCGUGUUAAUGAAGGGGGCGAGUGAGUCGAAUAAUCGAAAAUCGCGGUUAGCCGAGUCAUGCUUGCCUCAAAAGUCAUUAGCCCACAGACAGCCAUCUGUGGACAUUUGGAGAUUACAUAUAAAUAUACACAUGCUUUAUGUGCGUGUGCGUUGUUGACAUAGAAGCGGGCUGUUAGUGCUGGGCAGUAGUGGUUUUUAAGCCUUUCGUGUGCGGAGACGUGGGUACGCGAGUCUUUGCACCGAGGUGUGUGGCUAGCCGCCCGGCCAGUCCGAGGGCCCAAGACAGCUGAUAGCUGCAAAGGUCAUGCAUUCUUUUCACGCUGCCACACUUCGCUCAUUGCUCUGUUGUCUGUAACACCAUCGGGCUGGUUAUUGUUUUACAGAACGACUGCCUUUAAAGUUCUUUUCGAGAUAAGAUUUUUUCAUACCAGUGCAUUGAGACUUGAUUUCAUGGUUUCGAAACGGUGUCUCUGUCUCGUAUAAUUUACUGUGUUUUUAUUCCCUUUUAUUUAUAUGAAUUUUAAAUGUUAAUUUUUUUUAUUUUUAGCUUGCUGAACGUGGAAUUAGUGCAAAAAUGGCCUAUUAUGACAUAGGGUUGCAGAUGGAUCGGAAAUCUUAUAAGGACCACCUCUCUGUAACGACCCUUAUCUCGGGAACCGUGAGGGGUCAUUAUAUUUAUUCUCCGUUCACUCUUAGCUGAGUUUUGAAAUAAACAAACACCACAACACAUAUCACUGCGCCGCGUCAGCAAGUGAUAGGCUGAAUUCAUCUUGCGUGCCGAGCACUAGUUGCAACACACACACUUCUGUGUCAGCCUGUGAAGCAAACUGAAGGAUUUUUUUCGCGAUUAUUUAUGAUGUCGCGCACUGUUGUGUUACCAACAUCAAACUCAGUCGCAAGUUUUGCAAUCGUUUCUCUACUCUGAAAUUUUUCUAUAAUUUUUGUUUUGCUGUCGAUUGACAGUACCACUCGCUUUCUUUUCUGUUCAUUCAAUGACAUGAUGAAAUGUUACGCUCAACACUUUCGCACAAUACUACGGUAUAAUCCGUCUGAAUGCAUAUCACUGUUACAAUACAUAAAAUUAUCACCACCUGCAUGCUUCAACAACGUACACUAAUGAAUUGUCUCCAUGCGCCGAGUAAUCUCUGAGGCACGGCGCCGUGCUGCGCGCGGGAGUAUACAGUCCGGUCAUGCGGACAUGGAAUCGCGCACCUGUGUAUAAUCUAUUCACGUAACAUGGAACACAAAAAUAGUAUGUACAUACGUAUGUAUGUACUAGUAUUUUUUAAACUUUCUGUGUAUAUAAACAUGACUGAGUCUAAGUACUUUGCCCAACAUACAUUUUGCAAAGUAUUUUAACAUUUACAUACUAAAAAAUUGGACUUGAUGGACAUAAAUCGCGGUUAAUCCGCGAAUUGGAUGAUCGAGUCGCGGAUAAUCGGGGUUCUACUGUAAAAGUUGUAUCAGAAUUUGUGAUACUUUCCCAUUGAGCACUUAUAUCUUAGAUUUUGAUUGAUUUGAAUUAUUUUUAUCCUUUCAGCAUCAAAUUAAACAAGUUCUACUGAACAAAAAACAAUUUUAUUCUAAAACAAAUAAAAUUAUUUUAAUUACUAUGUAUACUAAUUUUUUUCAAAUUGUUUAUUACUGCAUUUAUAACUACUUAUUUAUGUAACAGCUUUUUUGAAAUGUCAGAAUAAAUAGUUGACUUGGUAA